CUGGUACCGAAACCGGAAGCAGACAGCGAAGUGUUGCAGCAGCUGGACAAAAUAAAAGAAGACUUGCAUGACCUCACGUGACUUCUUGAAUGAAUCAUACUGUUGUAUAGCUGUACAUAGGUGUAAUUAACCAAGAUCAGUCAACAUAUACGUUUAACAUCAUGUCGGAGAUAUUUCUGCAAGAGGAUGUCAUUUCUCUACUAGACAACAGAUUUAUUGUAAUCAUUGGAGAUUCCAUUCAGAGGGGUGUAUACAAGGAUUUGGUUCUGUUGCUACAGAGAAACAAAUACCUAACAGACAAAGAUCUCAGAGCAAAGGGUGAAUUUACAUUUUCUGGUGAUAAACUGAUUGAAGGGGGUCAAUAUGGUGAGAUGACAAAUGGUGUGAAGUAUCGUGAGGUGAGACAGUACCAGACAGAUUAUCAUUUGAUCAGGUUUUACUUCACAACACGAUGUUACAACAGCUACUUAGAGUCUAUAUUGAGUGACUUGACAAAGGAUCCUCUUCCUGAUGCUGUGAUCAUGAAUUCUUGCCUAUGGGACAUUAGCAGGUAUGGACCAUCAUCAGUGGAACAGUACAAGAAGAAUCUAGACAUUUUGUUUAAGAGAUUCAGUGAGGAGCUUCCCAAAACCUGUCUAGUGAUGUGGAACAUGACUUUACCUAUAUCAAAGAAAGCUAGAGGUGGUGUUCUAAUUCCAGAGGUAGAGCACCUCAAUGUCAGCCUGAGGCUUGAUAUUUUAGAGGCCAACUUUUAUGUUCACAAGCUUGCUGUACAGUAUGGAUUUAAUACUUUAGAUCUUCACUACUACCUCAGACACCAGCUACAACGAAGGGCAGGUGAUGGUGUUCACUGGGAUAUGACAGCACAUAGAAGAAUGACAAAUUUGAUCCUGACCCACAUGGCGGAGGCUUGGGGUGUCAAGCCACCUGAACAUGCAAGGAGAGUCCUUCUUAAGGAGCAACCAUUGAAAGAGACUAGCAACCGCCCUAAGAAAUUCAACUCCAAUUUCAAUUUUGGACUGAACAGUUUACCUCCAGGGCAGUUUACAAAUAAUGUUUCGGAGGUAAAUAAGUUUAUGGGAAACUUUAUCAACAAUAUGGUUAACAACAGGCUCAGCGGCAUGUGUAACAGUCAGGCACCCAGCAUUGGUAGUGAACCUAUACCGCAGAUGCUAGACUCGCGUUACAUUCCUCGUCUGUAUGAGGACUUUAGGCCAAGACAUCAGAAUGAGAACAGUUUCACACAGGCAGAAAACUACAACCAGCAGGGACUGAGCUUUGAGAAUUUCAGAGGUCCAGCUAGGAAUACUAGCUUCACAGGAGUGGAUAUGUCUGGAAUGAGAAUUCCAGACAGUCUUGAGCUGUUGAAUCAGCCAUAUGGAAACCGGAAUUUUGAACCAAGUCUCAGUGGUAAUGGUUUUGGGAACCAGCAAAUUCGAGAAAGAAAUUUACCUUACAGAUCAUUGAAUAGGAGACAUGAUCAAGCAAGUCAGCCAUAUCCAAAUGCAUUUUAGUUAAGACGUCGUAUUUGACAUGUAAAGAUCUGGUAUUUGAUAUUUUAAAAUAUUGUUCUUGACAUGUAAAGAUCUGGUAUUUGAUAUUUUAAAAUAUUGUUCUUGACAUGUAAAGAUCUGGUAUUUGAUAUUUUAAAAUAUUGUUCUUGACAUGUAAAGAUCUGGUAUUUGAUAUUUUAAAAUAUUGUUCUUGACAUGUAAAGAUCUGGUAUUUGACAUGCUAAGAAUCUGUAUUUGACAUGUUAAAAUAUUGUUUUUGACAUGUAAAGAUCUGGUAUUUGACAUGUUAAGCUCUAAUAUUCGACAUACCGUAUAGAGAUUUUAAAAUUAGUAUUUUUAAAACAGGUUAAGCUCUGAUAUUCAACAUACCGGUAUAGAGAUUUAGUAUUUGAUAUGUUAAGCUCUGGUGUCUGAUGUGUUUGCAGAAGUUGUAACAUGAGUUUUUAAACAGGAACCAUUCAUCUAACAUUUUCUUCAAAACUUUACUAACUUUGUGAUACGUUACAACAUCUAUAUGCUGUUGAAAAUUUUGCAACUAAGCAAUGCCAUGUUGUAAAGUUUUUUUACUUGUAUCAUUACAAGGUUGUCACUGAAAGGUACCAUUUUAAUCCAUAAACUAUUUCCUGCCAUAUUUUUGGAGCCAUUU